CCAAUAGCCAUUAAUUUUUGAGUAGAAAAUAAAUAAAUAAAUAAUAAUAACUCACAUUUCCCGGAAUUGCUUCAACUACACUCCCAGUUCUGGUCUCUCUUUGUCUCACCAAAAACCUAACCCCCAAAUCUAUAAUCCCAUUUACAUUAGUUUUAAUUAUCUUUCUAUAUAUAUAUAUGCAUACAAAUUAUUAAUUAUCUGGCUCUAGGGCUUGUGCAUUUUUCUGGUGAUCGCAUCGUUCAGAUUCAGCAGUGGGUAUUGGUUCGACAUGGAAUUGGAGGGGCCGAGGUCGGUCAAUCCGGCCAUGACCUUCGAUGAGGUCUCCAUGGAGCGCAGCAAGAACUUCGUUAAGGCUUUACAGGAACUCAAGAACUUAAGGCCCCAGCUUUAUUCGGCUGCAGAAUAUUGUGAGAAGUCUUAUCUUCACAGCGAGCAGAAGCAAAUGGUGCUGGACAACCUGAAAGAUUAUGCUGUACGGGCCCUUGUUAAUGCUGUUGAUCAUCUUGGCACUGUGGCUUACAAGUUAACUGACCUUCUUGAACAGCAAACAUUAGACGUCUCAACCAUGGAUCUUAAAGUUAAUUGUAUAAAUCAGCAACUUCUUACUUGCCAAACUUACACGGAUAAAGAAGGUCUUAGGAAGCAGCAGUUGUUGGCAUUCAUUCCAAGACAUCACAAGCACUAUGUUUUACCAAAUUCUGCCAAUAAGAAGGUCCAUUUUAGUCCGCUUGUACAGACAGAUGCUAGGCAACAUAAUUUUCAAGCUAGAGCUCGUCUUCAGCCUUCAAGUUCUCCUGCAUCAAAAACACUUUCCUGGCAUUUAGCCUCCUCAGAAACGAAGACUACUUUAAAAGGGACCUUACAUUCUCCAGCAAACACCGAGGAUAGCAAAAAUUUUGGAAAAUCCUCUGCACCAUUUCGUCUUUUAGAUGAUGAAAAUGGUCUCCCAAUAAAUGGAGGUCCAGGCUCCAUGCAAAUAUUGGGUGCUACGCGCAGGGAUGCGUUAGAGGGGUCCAAACCUUUGACAGCUUUCAGGUCUUUUGACAACCAAAAUCGACAAAUUGUCCGUGCCCCUGUACGUAGUAAAAGUGUAUUAUCAGCUUUCUUUGUCAAACAGAAAACAUCGAAGCUGAAAGCUGGUUCUGUUUCGUGAUACCCCUGCAAAGUUUCGACCUCUGUGGGUCGAGUAAUGAGUUUUUCAUACUGCCACACUACCUUUUUGCAGAUGAGAGAUUCUUACAUGGCUAAUUAUCAUAUCAACACCUUGGAAAUCAAUUUUAUCUUUCCUUCUACCCUCGUUUUGCUGCUUAAUAAUAAGAAAAUUGUGCAUAUAAGUCCUGUAAUGUUGAUGGUUGGUGGGUAUUAGUUCUUGUUAAAGAUUUAAUUAAUUUCUUUGUGCAGAUUACUGCAUCUUCUGAAACCGUUGUUUAUGUACUUUUAUGUAUAAAUAUGUCUUGUCCUUAUCGAAAGUUUUCAUGUUGAUUA